AUGAAAUGUACAAAUGUAAAUAUAAGAAAUGUAUUAGAAUGGAAUAUAAAAAAAAAAAUAAAAGAAAACACAAAUUUAAGUGAUGAUGAAAUUAUGAUAAUUUAUAAAAGAUUUAAUUCUAUUAGUAAUAAUGGCAAGUUGAAUUAUGAUAAAUUUGAAAAAAGUCUAGGAAUACUUGGAACUAUUAAAAAUGCAUAUUUAUAUCAAUCCAUAUUUAAUGCUUUUGAUUUGAAUAAUGAUAAUUAUUUAGAUUUUUAUGAAUUUUGUGUUGCUAUUAACAUUAUGCUUAAAGGAAGUAAAAAAGACAAAUUGAAAUUAUCAUACAGAAUUGUACACUCAGGAUUAAGUAAUAAUAAUAUCAACGAAAAUAAUUUAAAUAAUGAAAAAAAUAAUGAAAAAAAUAAUGAAAAAAAUAAUGAAAAAAAUAAUGAAAAAAAAAAUGAAAAAAAUAAUGAUAAAAAUAAUGAUAAUAACAUAGUUUACAAUAACAAAAAUUGUAAAGAGGAAGAAGAAGAAAAAAAAAAAAAAAAAAAAGGUGACUAUUCAAAUUAUAUUACAUAUGAAGAUUUUGAGAAAAUUGUUUUAAGUAUAAAUGAUAUAAAAAAAAAACUAUUAGGAACAAAAGAAGAUAUAAUAACAAGUCAAAUUAAGUAUAUUUUUAAAUCAUUAAGUAUUUUAUGUGAAGAUGGAACUUAUAGAAUGAAUUUAGAAUGUUAUAAAAGAGCUAUGAAAUGUAAUGAAUUUUUAAAUUUAUUAGGCAUACAUACAAAAGUUGCUGAUGUUUUUUUACGAAAUGAAAUAAUAAAAAAAAAAAAAAGUAAAAAUGAAAAAAAUAAAAAGAAAAAAGAAGAGGAAUUAUUUUCUUCCAAUAAUAAUAAAUGUGAGAAAAAAAAAACAUAUAAACAACUAAUAAGAUCCUUUUCUGAAACAACAAAUAGAAGAGGAUCUCUUUUAAAAAAAUCUAAUCAUUUAUUUUUAAGAAGAAAAAAAAAGAAAAAGAAAAAGUUAUAUGAAAAAAAAGAUAGUGUAUCAUCUAUUGAAAGUAAAAAAAAAAAUGUAAAUAUGAAUUCUGAUUUAUCAUAUAUGAAUGAUCUUCAAAAUGAAAAGGAUAAAACUAGUAUUCAUAAUAGUUUCGAAUUAAAAAAAAAAAAAGAUAUUGAAAAAAAUAAAUUUCCAGAUUUAAAAAAAGCAUUUAAAAAUGAUCUUAACAAAAACGAAAUUCAUAAUAAAAUAUCUUCUAAUAGUAAAAAUAAUAAUUAUAUUAUGAAUAGUAACACUAAUUUCUUUGAGUCUAGUUUUAUUAAUAGUAAAGAGGAUAUAAAAACAAAAACAAUUAAUGAUAUAAAAUCAAAAAAUAAAAAUGAUAAUUGUAAAGAUACAAAUAUUAUAUCAAACAAAAUUUUUUAUCCUAAUUCACAAGAAGAAUAUAAUACUACUGAUAGCAACAUUCUUAAUACCAAUCAUUUAUUAUUAGUUAAUAAAAAAAAGAUAAAAAAUUAUCAAAAAAAAAAAAAGGAAAAAACUUUUGAAGAAAAAGAGAGAAUGUUUUUAAGUAGUAACAAUACUCUUCAUAAAAGAAGUAAUAAAAAAGAAAAAGAGGAUUCAAAUAAUUUAAUAAAAAAUGUAAAGGAAAAAAAUAUUAAUAAUAAGAUGUUUACGAAAAAUGGGUUAUAUACUUUAAGAAAGUCAAAUAAUUCAUCUGAAAAUAAAAAAGAUAUAAAAUCUUCUAAUAUAAUUAAUCAAAAUAUGUUAAACUUAAAUAGUAACCUUUCUGAAAGUAGCAAAUCCAUUUAUGAAUAUCAUUCUGACAUGGAAUUUCUAAAUAGAAGAAGAGAGUAUCAAAUUAAUAACAUUAGUUUUUAUAAUACAAAAGAUUCACUUUUUAUAUUUAAUAAAGAAGGAAAUAGAAAGGAUAAAAGUGUAAAUAUAGAAAAAAAGAAAGACAGAAAUAAAAAUAAAGAUAAAAAUAAAGAAAAAAAAAAAGAUAAAAAUAAAAAUAAAGAAAAAGAAAAAGAAAAAUAUAAAAAAAGAGAGCAAAAAGAAAAAGGAAAAGAUAAAAAUAUAGAUAAAUAUAAAUAUAAAGAAAAAAAUAUAUAUAUAGAUAAAAUAAUGAAUAAAAAUAAUAAAUAUAAAACAUGUAAUGAUACGAAUUUAACCCUUAAAAAAGAAAAUUUUACUAUAAAAAAUGAAGGAAAAAAGGAAAAGGAAAAAGAAAAGGAAAAAGAUAAAGAAAAAGAAAAGGGUAAAGAAAAAGAAAAGGAUAAAGAAAAAGAAAAGGAUAAAGAACAAGAGCAAGAGCAAGAUCAAGAAAAUUUAAAUAAAUCUAAUUUCACAUGUCUAAAAGAUAAAAUAAAAAGUGAAAUCAUUAAUUUUGAAGAAAAAGAGGAAAACAAGAAAUAUGUAGAAGAUUAUUAUAAUUAUAUAGAGAUAUAUAAAAAAUAUGUAGAAGAAAAAGAAUAUAUAGAAGAAAAGGAAGAAUAUUUAGAUGAGCAAGAAUUCAUUGAAGAAAGAGAUAACUUCAUUGAAGAAAAAGAAUUUUUAGAAGAAAACUUUCAGUAUUGUGAAAAUGAUUUUCAUUUCUAUAACGAAAAUGUUUUAAAUAAUAGCAAUAGUAAUAUAAGUAGCAAAAAUUAUUUAUACAACAAAUUUUUAGAAUAUAAAGAUUUUGUAAAAUAUUCAAAACCACCCAUAUCAUAUAAUUCACUAAUUUCUAUUAGUAAUAAUGAAAAUGAAAAAUACUCUAGUAUUUAUUUUGAUACAAAAAAUAAUCAAAGUAAUUCUAAAAAUGAAAAAAGUCCAAGUAUGGAAUUCAGUGAUGAUAUAAUAAAUAAAAAGUUUUUUAUACCUAGUGUAAAAUCUCACUUUGUUAUGAUAAAUAGCAAUUUAACAAAAGAACAAGUGUUAUACUUAAUUAGAAAUACUUUAAUAGCAAUUGAAGAAUAUUUAAAAGAUAAAAACGGAGAUUAUAAUAAAAUUUUUUUUUUAUUUUUUGCAAUAUUUUCCUAUAGCACACAAAAUGAUACAGAGGAAAAUGAAUUAACGAAUGAACAAAUAAAUUUAAAAAAAAAUAAAAUGGAUAUUUUUCAAAAUAUAUUUUUAGUUAUAUCAAUAAUAAGAUAUUUUCUUCACACAAUAACUAUUUCCCAAAAAUAUACUUCUUCAUGUGAUUCAUUGGAUGAAAAGUAUGUGAACAAAAAUAUAAAUUCCUUAAAAUUAAAUGAAGUAAAAAUUUUAUUAAAUCAAGCAAAUGAAAUUUUAGAUAAAUAUUCAAAAGGAAAUUAUCAAAACAAAAAAAUAUAUAUAAAUAAAUCGAAUUACUAUAAUUUUCCGAAAAAAGGAAAAUUAUCAGUAUCAUUGCGUCAAAGUAGACAAAAAAAAACAUUUCAUAAAAUUUUAGCAGUUUAUUUUGGUCAUGAAAGAUGGGAUUUGGUGAUGAAUAUGAUGGUUGGAAUCAGAAUUUCUGCAAUAAAACAAUUUAAUAUUAAUGACAUUUCAAAUCAUUUUGAGCAUAAAGAUAUUUUAGAAUUACCUACAUCGCAUACUCAAAAAAAAGUACUCUUUAAAAAUUAUGCACCAAUUAUUUUUAAAAAUAUCGUGUGUAAAAGUACAUACAAAUUAUCAAAAUCAUUGUUGCCAAAAUAUUAUGAACAUAUCAGAAAAAAUCCAGAUUCUCUUUUAACUCGUUUAUAUGGAAUACAUUCAAUUAAAUAUGAAAAUAAUUCUAAAAAUAGCAAAAAGAAAAUAUAUUUUAUUGUCAUGAAUAAUUUCUUCUCAUCAGUUGUUGAGAUACACAGAAGAUAUGAUAUUAAAGGAAGCUUAAUAGGUAGAACAGUACCAUUAUCAAAAAGAGAAGAUCACACAAUUGCAUUAAAAGACGUAGAUAUUGACGAGUUAGGAGAUAAAAUAAAUAUUGGUUCAAAAAAUAAAGAAAGAUUACAAAAUGUAUUAAAAUCAGAUACAAAUUUUUUAAAAGAAAAUUUCAUAUUAGAUUAUUCUCUACUUUUUGGUAUACAUUAUAAAGAGUUAUCAAAAGAUUUGGUUAAUUGGGAUAAAAGUAAAACAAAUGAAGUUCAUCAUAUUUAUGAUGAAAAAGGAAACUGUAUAGCAUCGAAACCUUUUCAUCAAUGUGACCAUGGUGGUAUUAUUAAUGUAGACAAAAACAGAAUUUUCUUUUUUGGUAUUAUAGAUAUUUUUACUAGAUGGAGCCUAAAAAAAAAAUUCGAGCAUACAUUUAGAACUUUGCAGAAAUUAGAUGGUAAAAAUAUUUCCUGUAUCCAUCCUAAUGCUUAUGCAAAAAGGUUUGUCACAUUUAUUGAAAAUCAUAUGGAAUAA